UUAUAUAUAAUGUAUGAGGAUGCUGUGUUUGGACAAAGUGAUAAGAACGUGAUUAAAGACGUCGCUAACGGAAAAUAGUGUAACUUGAUUUGUUUUAAGAGAGAGAUAGUAUAUCGCAAUGCAGUGUGGUCAAAGUUUCAUGUUUAACAUAAUUGUGUUGUGGACAACGGCCAUAGAAGGAAUCGAGCCUUUUUCCUCUGUUCGGAAUCAUCACCGUCAAACUAGGGUGCAAUUGAGUUCAUGGACUCCAAAAGGAAACCCGCACGGGCUCGGAAAAUGGCAGCCCUCGUCCUGGUGCCAGUGUCACCUCACUGGAUGUGCAUGCUGCGAGGACAGCCUGGCCAGCCUCAAAAACAGAAAGUUCCAUCUCAACGCUUGUCUUACUGUGGAUUGGAAUUCAGCCACUGAUGCGUACUCCGUUGUUCUCUCCGUCAAUGGCCGAACGCUGUACCACACCAAUACCAAAAGUUUAUCUCUCCUCUUUUCAGUGCCUUCGAGCACCAUGGAAACAUGUGUGCCAGCGACCCGCAUGAAUGCGAAGGGAGAGAUCUGCUUUCGUUUUUAUAACUUCGAUCAAGGGACGGGGAACUUGUGCGCCUCAUUGGAGGCGGAAAUAGAGAUAGAGAAUCUAAAGGAAAUCAUUUCGAUAAAUUAUGGCUGUUUUCGGAUUGGAGCACGACCCAGAGAACAGAUCCGAAUAGAAUCACGUGAAUGGAGUACGGAUUUCCGUGCAAUUUAUGAACGACGACAGAUAAAAACCAUCGCUGCUAGAAAGGAAGAAAAAAAAAUAUGAGAUAGUAAUAUCAUUUCUAUGUUUUAUCUGUUAAACACUAGCGCACGGGAGUCGCUUCAUGCCAGCCCGGGACUUUUAUUGAAACACCAGAUCUCUAAUGUCCAUGUUUAAACGGAUAUAGUCGCCGUUUUCCAACAGUUAAAAAUAAAACAAAAACUAAAGCUUGUUUACGAUUUCAAUAAAACCUUCAAACGAACCAUAUCGAUAUCAUUUUGUAAAAUAAUAAGAAAAUGAUUUCAGUGGCUCUCACGCGUUUUGAUAUCACCGCAAACGAUUUUUCAAGAAUGUUGUACUUGUUUGCACAUAUAAAUAUCAGAAAUAAAUGUAAAACUCUA